AUGGCGGAUCAACGCCCCCUCGUCGUCGAUAAUGGUACCGGCUUCGUAAAGGUGGGCUAUGCUGGCUCCAACUUCCCCGAGCAUGUCUUUCCAUCCAUCGUCGGCCGUCCCAUCCUUCGAACGGAAGAGCGUGAUGCCAUCUCAAGCAAUACCGGCACCCAGAUCAAGGACAUCAUGGUCGGCACCGAAGCAGAAGAGCUGCGCAAUUACCUCCAGAUCAACCAGCCCAUGGAACACGGUAUUGUCAAGGACUUUGGCGACAUGCGACACGUUUGGAACUAUACUUUCGACGAGAAGCUCCGCAUCGACCCACAAGGACGCAAGAUCUUGCUUACCGAACCACCCAUGAACCCCAAAAAGAACCGCGAGGAGAUGUGUCAGAUCAUGUUCGAAGAGUACGGUUUCGACGGUGUCUAUGUUGCCAUCCAGGCCGUAUUGACGCUUUACGCUCAAGGUUUGCAGACUGGUGUCGUCGUUGACUCGGGCGAUGGUGUUACGCACGUGGUGCCAGUCUUUGAAGGCUUUGCAUUGCCCCAUCUUACCAAGCGUCUCGAUGUCGCGGGUCGGGAUGUGACACGUUACCUCAUCAAGCUCCUCCUCAUGCGCGGCUACGCUUUCAACCGUACUGCCGACUUUGACACCGUUCGACAGAUCAAAGAGAAGCUCUGUUACGUCAGUUACGAUCUCGACCUUGACAAGAAGCUCGCCGAGCAAACCACGACGCUCGUCGAAACCUACACACUUCCAGACGGACGUCUCAUCAAGGUCGGUUCCGAACGUUUCCAAGCUCCCGAAUGCAUGUUCCAGCCUCACCUGGUCGAUGUCGAACAGGCCGGCGUUGCCGAGUUGCUUUUCAACACCAUCCAGUCUGCAGCUGUAGAUACACGUUCCGAACUCUACAAGCACAUUGUCCUUUCUGGCGGUUCGUCCAUGUAUCCCGGUUUGCCAAGUCGAUUGGAGAAGGAGAUGAAGCAGCUCUACCUCACCCGUGUACUCGACGGUGAUGGAUCCAGGUUGAAGAACUUCAAGAUCCGAAUCGAGGAUCCUCCUAGGAGAAAGCACAUGGUUUUCCUUGGUGGUGCCGUGCUGGCUGAUAUCAUGAAGAACAGGGAGAGCUUCUGGAUCUCGCGUGCAGAAUGGUACGAGCAAGGUAAGGCCUGUCUUGAUCGAUUGGGGCGUCACUCUUAG